GGUAUAGCAGCCCACGAUGAACUUGAACAACACCACCACACCAUUAUUGAAGAUGGCUCUCACAUUGGACUUUGGAACCCCCGUCAACACCUCUCUUCUCAUUUAUAUUCUCUAUUCUGUCCAGAGAAUCGUAUUUCCAUCCACUUCUACUCCGUCCACCGUUCCAACAGAAUUCAAAGAUAGUUACUCAUGGAUGCCAAAGGCGCAUCCUCCUACAGUUCUGUUCAAGACUUAUACUCCUCGAACACUCGAGCCUUUCAGCGGUAAAGACGGAGGAAGGAUCUUGCUCGCUAUCAAUGGCAUUGUUUUCGACGUGACGUCAGGAAAGAGCUUCUACGGACCGAACGGUAUGUACGGUAACUUCGCCGGAAGAGAUGCAUCUAGAGGAAUGGCAAAGCAAUCUUUCGACCUUGAAAUGUUGACUCCAGUUGACCAGCCCCUGGACAAGCUUGAAGACCUCAGGUCAGAUGAAGUCGAAAACAUGAAAGGUUGGAUAGAUCACUUCUCCAACAAGUAUAUUAUCUGUGGAAAGCUUGUUGAGAAUGAUGCCGUUUGAGCGUAUGUGUCCAAGUUAGCGUGCUGCCUCGCCAUGUAUUAAAUGAAUGACCUUGUCAUACUUUUUGUAUGUACAUGAUAUAGUCACAAUGAUGCUUGUAUCUGCUCGAAAUCCGCCAUCGAGGCGAGGGAUCAGAAUAACAUUGUGUGAUCACGGCGGGCUUGUUACUAUUCAUGACCGCCAACCAUCUGUACAUUUGCUGAACGAGAAUAUCGUCGC